AUGACUUUCUUGCAGAAGGAUGUGAAGCAGGACGGACUAUCCCAAUCAAAUUCCAUCUACGUUUCAAAAUUACCUACACCUGCCGGAGGAACCGAACAAGAAACAAACUCAUCUCAAGAGGACGACUAUAAAAUCUUACCAGCCUGUGAUAUCUGUCAAAAGCAAUUUAAAAAGAAGUACUUAUUAAAAAGGCACAAACUUACUCACGAAAAUCGAAAGAAGAAGGACGUAUCCUCAAAAGACGAUUCUUUCAUGGAACUAGUAUCUCAAAAACAGGAAGCUUUAUCAUGCACAAUUUGCGACUUCCGCUGCAACAAAAGAUCCACAAUGAUUGCUCACUUGGUACAGAAUCACGAAGAUUCAGGCGAGAAUAGAUCAACUAGUAACAGGAAAUUCGCCUGCAUUAUUUGUGGUCUUAUCUGUUCUCGAAAGGAAACUUUGAGAUCUCACUUUGUACGAAAACACACACAGCUUUAUGAGUUCUCCUGUGAGCAAUGCGGCAAGGAGUUCAAGAUCAAAGGUGAUUUGACGACUCACAUGAGACUGAAUCACAAAGAACCUCCUGUGAUAUGCGACGUUUGUGGCAAAACUUGUAAAAAUAGUCACAGUCUGUAUACUCAUCAGAAACACGCUCACUAUAAAGCGAAAUACGAGUGCCCGGUGUGUCACAAGAGAUUGGUAACCAAAGAGAACCUAGAUCAGCACGUGUUGACUCAGCACGAAAAGAAAGAGAAGUCUGUCUGCGAAGAAUGUGGGAAAACAUUCUUUGAAAAUCACGAUUUCAGGAAACACAUGAGGAUACACACUGGAGAUAAACCGUAUAGCUGUUCUGUUUGUGCCAGAGCGUUUACUACUCAUAGCAGUUUGAGUCAACAUUUACUGUUACACACAGGAGAAAGGAUUUAUGUCUGCGACGUGUGUGGAAAAUCGUUUGCUCAGAAGGCUGGUCUUAUAUGUCAUAGGAAGAUUCAUUCUGGGUCAUUGCCUCCUCUUCCUGUCAUGCAUAUCGAUCACAUCCUGAAAGACUUCAUGAAGAAAUGA